AUGACCGACCUCGGCGACCAACAUUUCUUCCUUGGGAUUUCAGUUCAUCGCUCCUCCACCAGCCUAUUCCUCUCGCAACACCAGUACGCCUUGGAUCUUCUCCGGCACACUGGCAUUGCUGAGUGUCACUCGACUUCGACACCCGUUGACACUCGCACCAAGCUGUCUGCUACAGACGGCAAUCCUACGGUGGGUCCUUCAGAGUACAGGAGCAUUGCUGGGGCCCUUCAGUACCUGACCCUGACAAGGCCUGACUUGGCUUAUGCAGUUCAGCAGGCAUGUCUCUUUAUGCAUGAUCCACGAGAGCCGCACCUCGCGUUGAUCAAGCGCAUACUGCGCUACGUCAAGGGCACUAUCGACUCCGGCCUACACAUUGGCACCUCCCCAGUGUCUUCUCUCACCACAUACUCAGAUGCAGACUGGGCCGGUUGCCCUGACUCCUGGCGUUCCACCUCGGGCUACUGCGUCUACCUCAUCGACAAUCUCAUCUCUUGA